AAGUGUUAUGAUGACGGAGAAAAUAACCGAGCAGGGAGAGAAACUCGUUCAACAGAAGCAGGGAGAUAUCUUUACGAAUCAAGGAUCAACCGCAUUUCCAAGCUGAGAUCAACUAAAAGCACCAGCACCGGAGACAGAUCUCCAACUGGAUCACUUGUUGAGCCAGGGGCUGGGCUUCCCCAGCUAGUGAGAGGAAACGCUGGGAACCAACCGGGGCGGCUCCCUACACCAGUUCGUCCAGAUUUCAGGACGUGACUCUGAUUUUGAAAGGAUUCAGGAUUCACUGUCAACACCGGGAAUAGCGAUGCGUCCGCCGACACAAGUCCGCCCUCACGAUCUACUGCGCUUCGCGACGAACCUUUAAACCCCCGAAACUAUCCGGUUAGUUACCGACGUCUCUGUAUUUAACACCGAUCUUUUCGCGAGGCGGCGGAGAGGCGCCCAGCCCCUGUCGUACGGCGGCGACACCGCUGGCACAGCACGGCUCGGUCCGGACGGAGCCAUCCCGCCCUGAUGCAUGCUGGGAUGAUCGGCGUCCAACAUUUUUUUUUGUAAAGCGGGUGUGUGAACACAACAGACGUGUGUUGCAUGCUAACAAGUGGUUAUAGAGAAGGACCCCCCCCCCCUCCCCACUGCGAUUUCCUCUUGACAAGUCGGGAGUGGUGUUUUGCUUCGCGGGCGACCAUGGCGGAGUGCGGCGUCGCGGACAGCCCCAGUGCAAGCCCCGUGCACGGCAAGAAAAAGGCGCAGCAGUCGCCGGUUUGCUCUUCUUCUCGGUCACGCUACCAGGUCGGAUCCCCCGGCCACUGCUUCAAACGGGUCACCCUCACCAAGCCUACUUUCUGCCACAACUGCAGCGAUUUCAUCUGGGGUCUGGUCGGUUUCCUGUGCGAAGUGUGCAACCUGAUGUGCCACGAGAAGUGCCUGAAGAAUCUGAGGGUGACCUGUUCCUGCAUGGCUCCCACCUUGGUGCAGGUUCCUGUGGCCCACUGUUUUGGGCCCGCCGGUCUAAAGAAGAGGUUCUGCUGUGUGUGUAGGAAACCCACGGAGGGGAACGCGUCCCUACGCUGUGAAGUGUGUGAGAUGCACGUGCACGCCGACUGCUCCGUGUUCAGCUGUGCAGAUUGUCGGCUGUGCCACCAGGAUGGAACCCAGACCCUGGAUACGUUCCAGCACCACUGGCGAGAGGGUAACCUGCCGACGGGGGCGCGGUGCGAGGGGUGCCGGCGCUCCUGCGCCUCCUCAGAUGUCCUGGCGGGCAUGAGGUGCGAGUGGUGCGGCAUCACGAGCCACGCUGCCUGCUACGCUGUGCUGCCCCCGGCGUGCAAGCUGGGCCGGCUGGCCUCCGUCCUACUGCCCCCCUCCAGCGUCCAGCUCAGCUCCAGGAACUACAGCAAGAUGCACUGUUACCGAAUCGCAGAGGGGUCCCACCACGACAUGGACACCCUAGAUGAGGUCGGCCCCUCCAGCCCCGUGGCGCCCAGAGAGACCCCACAGACCUCCUCCUCAGAGUCAGCUAAACAGGCGGUCCGGGUCUUUGAUGGUGACGACGCUCUGAAGCGAGGAGCUUUCCGCCUCGUCUCGGUUCCACGGGUAACGAGAAAGGAGGAACUGGUGGAGGCGGCCCUGAGGGCGUUCUACCUGCCCGACGCGCCGCAGCGCUACGAGCUGCAGGCGCUAGGAACCCUGCAGCCCCUCCACAGCGAAGACGUCCUCAACCGCAACGGGACGCUGGAGCACAAGAAGGACGCCCCGCCGGAGGCGUGGGUCCUCAGGGCCGUGCCCCUGGACACAGAGGUCCUCAAGGUCCACGCCUGCUGGCUGAAAACUGGCCUCUCCCACACUUCCAUCUCCAUCUCCCGGAGCAGCACUGUAGACUCGGUCCUCAAAGAGCUCCUCGUUCAGUUAGGACGGCAGGAGAAGGAUUCCUCCAACUUCAACCUGGUGGAGGUCCACAUGGGUAGCAAGCAGGUUUUGAGACAGGUACUGACAGGUGAAGAGCUCCUAUUAGACAAGCUGCAGGAGAUCAGGAAGGUUUCUCUGCGGCAGAUGAACCAGACUCGCUUUUAUGCAACGGAGAACCGCAACCAUGUGAUCCAGGUCAGCCUUCUGAUUGGAGGACUUCCGCUCCUGCUGCCCCGAGAGGAGUACACCCAGCUGGUGCAGGAACAUCUGUCUGUGAAAAGUCACCUGGUCACCAUAAGUCACAUGUAUGGAAGCCAAGGUGCAGUGGUGCUGCAGGUCUCCUGUUUCUCUGAGGCGGAGAGGGUCUACAUGUUGGCUAAAGACACGGCAGUCUGUGGCAAACAGCUGACGACCCUGGUCAUCCCCCACAUCCUGCACAACAAGCUAGCCAGAGGGGCUUGUCCCAUGCUGGUGUUCGUCAACCCAAAGAGUGGAGGCAUGAAGGGCCGGGAGCUGCUGUACAACUUCCGGAAGCUCCUCAACCCCCACCAGGUGUUCGACAUCUCCAACGGAGGGCCGCUUGCAGGGUUCCACACGUUCCGGGAGGUUCCCCGCUUCAGGGUCCUGGUGUGUGGGGGGGACGGGACGGUGGGCUGGGUCCUGGGGGUCCUGGAAGCCAUUCGACACAAGCUGGCCUGUUCAGAACCACCGAUGGGGAUAGUACCGCUGGGGACAGGUAACGACCUGGCCCGGGUGCUGCGCUGGGGGCCGGGCUACAGCGGCGAGGACCCCCACCACAUCCUGCUCUCCCUGGAGGAGGCGGACGAGGUCCUGAUGGACCGCUGGACCAUCCUGCUGGACGCCCAGGACCUGUCCGAGGACGCCUCGCAGGGGGACCCCGACAGCGGCUACCUGGAGCCCCCCAAGAUCGUCCAGAUGAACAACUACUUUGGGCUGGGGAUUGACGCAGAGGUCAGCCUGGACUUCCACCAGGCCAGAGAAGGCGAUCCAGAUAAAUUCACCAGCAGGUUCCAUAACAAGGGUGUGUAUGUGAAAGUGGGGCUCCAGAAGCUGAGUCACACCAGGAACCUCCACAAACAUCUCCGCCUGCAGGUGGACAAACAGGAAAUCGAGCUGCCUAACAUAGAGGGCCUCAUCUUCCUCAAUAUUCCCAGCUGGGGUUCAGGCGCUGACCUCUGGGGAUCAGAGGGGGACUCGCGCUUCGGGAGGCCGCGCAUCGACGACGGCAUGCUGGAGGUCCUCGGCGUGACGGGCGUCGUUCACAUGGGCCAGGUUCAGAGCGGUCUGCGGUCGGGGAUCCGUAUUGCCCAGGGGAACUAUAUCAGGAUCACGGUGACCAAACCCAUUCCAGUGCAAGUGGACGGAGAGCCCUGGAUUCAAUCCUCCGGACACAUUAUUAUAUCUGCUGCUGGCCCCAAGGUUCGAAUGCUGAGGAAGUCCAAACAGAAACAGAAAAAGUCUUCAGGAACGAAAGAUGCUCGCUCUGAGAGUCCCUCCUCCAGAGAAGGGGGCCACUGACGCCACCCUGGGAGGGAAGCCUUCUGGUUCACACCUGCUUUCUGCUCAAGCUAGGCGGCCAUUUUGGCUCCGACAGUGUACUGUGGUAGAGAGACGAUGAUUUCAAUGAAAUAUUACCUCGUUGAAGGUAGAUGGCUCUGGCACGAUACAGAACGGUCUAUAAGGAGUUUUUAAUGGGUUUAUUAACUUUUUUUUAAGUUUUGAAAUCACCCAGAAAUUAGUAUGUAAUACUUUUUUUGUUUUCUUUAAUCUCGUACAAUAAUACUGUGUAAUGCUGUAUUGACCUGUGGAUUGACGUCAAUUGAAAUGUUGUAUUGGGUACAAUAGUAAAGAAUAACUGCCAGACACAUAGAACCUAUGUCGAAGAAUCUUCAUAAUUUCGCUAACGAUAUCCAGAUUUUUAUGUUGGAUACAUAAAAGGUCUGAAACAGUGUAGGUGUCCUAGAGUAUGUUCUAGAACGCUGGAUUUUCCCUGAAGAUUGGCGAGCGGUCGUAGAUAUCAUUCCAUUUGUAUUUGGGUUCUCGUUAACCAGACUUCCCCUCAGUGAGAACCUCCUCUAGACUCUGGGUCCCAGCAUAACAACGUGCUGCUAGUGGUGAGACAAACCAAAGCUAAUGUGCUCUGAGGGCCAAAGGCUCCUCGCACUGCUCCACCAAACCACAGCCCCCCGUAUCAUCAGAAUGGAACAGGAAAUGGUAUAUCUCUCACACCACAAGUGCUUUUUACACAGUCACACAAGCAUACAUAAGCUACACAAAUACUUAUCCCUAGCAGAUGGCCUGCUCAAGAUUGACUUGACUUGAUUGAGUAUUGGAGAUAAGAGUUCCGUUUUACAGUAAUGGUGAGCUUUAGCCAGGAUCAGAGGGGAAACUUUCCCCAUUCUACAAGCCAAAAGAGGAUUUACGAAAUGUAAAAAAGAUGUAUAUUUUACUAACCUUGUAGAAGUGUGUAUGUUGGAGAAGUUGGACUCUUUGAACAGACAGACUUUAAUCCGGGUAAUCAGUGUUUGGCUCAGGGUUUAAGGUUGAAGACUAUCAAUUUUUGACUUGAGUCCUUACAUAUUUUGGACCGUUGCCGGUUACAAAACCGUACUGGAAACGUUUAUGGAUGGAGAGCAAGUGAUUUGACUAAACAGAUGAACAAAAACCCAGAUGUAUUCAAAUACCUUGGUAUUGUGGAGCGUAUUACUCUUUGGGAAUUCCUGUUUAAGAGUAACCAACCACUUAAACCAAACCUCAUUGUCGGGGAGAGUGACUGAUUCUCUCCCUUAUUUAAAGGGUGGCAUUAUUCUGCACCGUUUCGACCCAUCUGAAUUAGUCCCCACUGAUUCGACCCAUCUGAAUCAGUUCCCACUGAUUCACCAGGAGGGGCACUGUCCUUGCAGUUUUAGUUCAGUGUUUGGUUUCUUUUUAAAUGAUGGUUCAAUGAAAUGAUGCUGGCGACCUGCUCUCACCUAUCAUCCUUUACAGACGGGCAUGUUGAAUUGAUGCCCAUAGCUGACACAAACAUCAUCAUCGUUGAUGCUAUUGCUGUUGGUGGAUGGUGAGCUUCUUGGUGACCUUGCAGUGUAGUUUUCUGAAUCAACUGGCUCUGAAAGGAUAUAGCGUCAGUCAGAUGUUUCAGGUACUUCCUUUAAUUCGUAAUAUCAUAAUUCUUUAAGGCAUGAAGUUGAAGUUAUGCAACUGCUCUGGAGCGCUGGAGGUUUACUGUAAAGCUGCGGGUGGACCCUGUGCAGUGUGUUGUGCUCAGAUUGUUAACCGUUUCUAGUUCAUUUCAAGCCUUUUGUCAAAGUGCUCACAUUAUUGAUUGGUGCUACAAUGGAACUGGUCACCGCUAAACACAACUGUAGAUUAAGUAAAUUGAUCGUGUCAUAGGCGUUGAUCGUGAAUCCUUUCGUUGAAGUGGUCUUGAAACACCAUUAGAUUAAUUAUUUAAAGAGUCACAAUGGAGUUGAUGACUAACAGUGAGUAGUAAGUCAUCAACACUAAGAAUCAUAAAAAAAAAAACACCUGCAAAGCCACAGGCUCUUGUGAUGGUUCAAACUAGGGGAAUUCUUUCAUACGGCGAGCGUCUGCUGAUCGGAGGCUGCCCCGAGCACGGGCCCAAGUUGGAGCAUUGUUAGCAGCGAGAUGGGAAGUUGGUAGGCCUUCGUUAAUCCUUCCUCUUUGUAAUUUAUCCUGUAGCUGUCCUGCAUAUCUGUACUGUACACAGUAGUGGUAUUGUUGAAGUCCUAUUUCUAUUUGUUCAUACACCACCCAGUAUGGUUGUAGUUCAACUUCACGUAUUCAUGCGCUGCGUUAAUACUGUACAGUGUUGGAAACUAUAGAAGCCUGCCUUCUGCGUAUUUAUCCUCUUAUUGAACCUGCAUAAGUACUGUAUAGCGUGGUAGCUAUUGUAGAGAUUCAACUUGAUGUGUCAAUCCUGAGUUUGUAGGCUAUCCACAUACUUUUUAUACUAAGCGGAGCAAGACAACUUUAACUGUCACAAACCACCUUAACUUAUGUCAAAGACCUCCUACACAUUACUUAAUACGACUCCUUACAACUUUUAAGGCUAAGGCAGGCAGUUUGGAGAACUCAGCCCAAAGUAAAUGUACCCUGGCUUUACGUAAUGACCCAAACCUUUCCUCUCAAUAAGCACAGGAACCUGUAGUUCUGGAAGGUUACGGUUAGUGGUCAGAUAAUACAAAAUGCAUUACGUGUAGCCAGUGGAAAUGAGUCGUAUAAUAUUUGUUUAAACUCGUACAGGGGCUUCCAUGUACAAUGAGAGAUUAGUCUGUCCUUUGUUUCCAUCUCAGUGUCGGCGCAAAUAUAGAUUGACUUUUCUUAACACCCGUUUCCCAUGAUGCCCUGUGUUUAUGCUUUGUUCUUCGGUUGAAGUGGUUAUUGUUGAGGUUUGAAUAGUUUGAGGUUAGGGAAUGGACAUGGUACAUUUAAGGGUUAGGUGUGAAAAGCGAAGGGAGCAAUGCAUCAUGUGUAAUUCCCAGAAAAGUUAAUGUUUCUCCUCCUCCUGAAAUGGUGGUCUGGUAACGCCAACUGCAACAUAACAUAAUACAGUACAUUAAUAUCCCUGGCCUUAUAGUACAGUAAUACUGAUUAAUACUGAACACUGUCCUGAACCACAGUACACUCAUACCGACCAAUACGCAACUACAGUAUAACGACUGUACAGUAAUACUGAAUCACGGACUACUCGAUGUAGGGCCUAAUUGGUUGAUUCAGAUCACAUGACCUCUGACCUCAACAGGAUGAGAUCACUGCAUUGGAGAAAAAAAUAAUAUUUAAAAGUCUGCAUUCCAUGGUUUCUUCUUUCAGAUCCUGUGCGUGUACGUCUGUACGUGUGUGACUAUUUGUUUUGAGAUUAUAGUGUUCUAAUGUGCCUCUAGGUGAUCUUAGCAGUUGGGUUUGCCGUAAAAGACAUUUUAUGUUUAUACUUGAGAUUUUACGAAAGUUUAACUUAAACUAAAUAGAAUUUUAUAUUUUUGCAGAGAAAUGCUGUUUUUUUUGUUUCAACUGUAAAUUGCACUAAUUAUUUUACAGAUGCUUUUAGACUUAUUGUUCGGUUUACAAUAAAUAUCGUCAUAACUAGAUCUCUCUCUAUAUAUAUAUAUACAGGAUAUAUUAUUAAAACGGAACUAAAUGUGAAGAUAUAUUGAACUAUAACAUUUAACAAAUUAAAUGUGUUUUAUCAAAAUAAACUUAAGAAAUGAACUUUC